AUGUGUCAUCGCUCAUUGUUACUUGGUGUUUUCGUUCUGUUGUUUGCUAACACCUGGUCACUUCGAUGCUAUGAAGGUAAUGGCACUCAUUGCAAACUAAGCGCUGAUUCCAAUGAGAUCAUUCCCGGUGUUGGUUAUCUAUGUAUCAGAUACAAUACAUGCGUACAAAUGACGGAUCUUUGUGACGACGCAACUCUGAAUUCUGACAAAUUUACUUGGCAAUACCUGAUAGCAGAUCAAGCUGGAUGCGACUACAUAAGUAAAGCAACGUAUACGGAUGUUACUUGUUGUUCUACAGAUCGAUGCAAUGCACCACUUGUUGGAAAAUGUUUAGAAAAUUGA